UGUGUGACUAAUGUUUCCUCCUCCUGGUUCUAAAAGAGCCUUGUCCCACUCAAUGUUCACUGUGACUAGUUAACGGACACUUCUCUCAUUUGGCUGUUUGCUUCCUCACGACGUAGUCUCAGCCCAACAUGAAGCCAGCGGCACCAGCCCUGCACGGGGAUGAGACUAAGAGUGUCCCUCUUCCCCAAGGCUGGAGAUGUUACAUGUCACCCGAGGGAUGCAGGUACUACGUCAACACCGGCAGCAAAGAAACAACAUGGGAACGGCCCUCCGCUACUUAUGGAACCCCAGUGAGACCACCGGCACAAAGGAACUCCUUACCAGAAGUCAAUGGAACACGUUACACCACAGGAAGUGCUAUGCAUCCCACGGACCCCCCUGGCGUGCCCCUACGGAGAGCCACUAUGGACAAACAGGUGAGACUUUCAACUCAGCACUGCAGUCUGCAAUACCCUUUUUAA